CAUCAAUAGAGGACUAAAUCCCUCACUUGCAGUACAAUUUCUUACAUGAAACUUGUUAUCUCACGGAGGUUAUGAAUACCCUUUAGUAUUAUUUGUGAAAGAGCUGAAAUAACGCGAGAGCUAGGAUAGUUUAUCCGACCUAGGCCGAAUUGCUGACAAGGGUCAGUGGUAUUCAUCGGAUCUCAUCGAAAACGUCUGCCACACUUUGAAACCAAGCGGUUAGGAGUAGUCUGCAGGAUGGAUCAGAACCUCAUUUUCCACGGCACAGUGAUUCACUCACGCAAUCCUGCGGAAAUCUCCAUAUUUAAGAACACACUGUUGAUCAUUUCUACAGAUGGCAGAAUCAGCACGUUGAGGAAGGACACCAAUAAAUCAUUGGUCCCUACUAUCUUGGCGGGUUUGAAGGCAUCUGGCGAACCGACAUAUCUUGACCGCGGCCAUUUCAUCAUACCAGGCUUCAUCGAUACGCACAACCAUGCUCCGCAGUGGGCGCAGCGGGGUUUGGGGCAGAGCAUGCAUAUCCUCGACUGGCUCGACGAAGUUACCUUCCCUAACGAGGCUCGGUUCCGUGAUCCCGACUACGCAAGGCGCAUCUACUCGAGCUGCAUCGAAGGCUUCCUCAAGCAAGGGAUCACCACUGCAUCCUACUAUGGAUCUAUGCACGCCGAGGCGACCAGAAUCCUCGCUGACUUGUGUCUGGAAAAGGGCCAGCGUGCCUUCGUUGGAAAGUGCAACAUGAGUCGCAAUUCCCCCGACUACUACCGUGAUGCGACGGUUCAGUCGUCCCUGCAGGAUACAAGAGAUUGUAUUGAUCACAUUCGAAAUAUCGACCCUGAGAGCACUCUGUUGAAACACGUUUUGACUCCUCGGUUCGCUAUUGCCUGCGAGGCAGAACUACUAAGGGGACUAGGGGACAUUGCGAACGAAAAUCCAGACCUGCCCAUUCAAACGCACUUCAACGAAGCAGAGCAGGAGAUUAACCUGACCAAGACGCUGUUCUCGCAAUUCGAGAAUGAGGCAGACUUGUACGAACACUAUGGAUUACUGACACGCCGCUCGAUCCUAGCACACUGCUGCUUCAUGACCGAGUAUGAGAUGGGCCGUCUCAAAGAGCUGGAUUGUGGCGUUUCUCAUUGUCCUAUCUCCAAUAUGACCGUUGGAGGUGGGUUCAUGGCAUCCCCGAUAAGAGACUUCCUUCGACGGGGUAUCAAGGUUGGACUCGGGACCGACAGUGGUGGCGGCUUUUCGAGUAGCAUCCUGGAUGCAAUGAGACAGGCACUUAUUGCUUCGAAUGCACGAGAGGUCAUGAGUAAAGGCAAGGACAAAGGCUUGAGCAUUGCAGAGGUCUUCUAUCUUGCUACUCUUGGUGGUGCACGAGUGUGUUGUCUGGAUGACAAGAUUGGAAGUUUCGAAGAAGGGAAAGAGUUUGAUGCCUUGGUCAUCAACACUGCCUCGUCUGGCAUCAUGACCAUGGUUGAGGAUGAUGAUCCGAUCAGGACUAUCUUUGACAAGUUCAUAAUGACUGGUGAUGAUCGCAAUAUUGAGAAAGUCUACGUACGGGGACGGUCAGUCAAAUCUUAGGGGAAAUCAAUCAAUUAUUUGUGUACCUCAACGCGUUGC